AUGGGACCACCAAAACGUGUCAAGAAAGAAGAUCGAGCUAAGUCAAAAAAACGCAAAGAAGAGGAAGAUUUUCUUGAUGAUGAGUUCGGUGACAGUAUUGACACUGAUGGUAUACCAGAUGCUGCCAAAAAUGAUGCUGAGAAAGUGGAUCAAAAUACAGCAGAGGAUGAAUUUGGUGCUAAAGAUUACCGGGAACAGAUGAUUUUAAAGCCAGAUAAUGCACUGAGACCUCUGUGGGUUGCACCAAAUGGUCAUAUAUUUCUGGAAUCAUUUUCACCAGUUUAUAGACACGCUCAUGAUUUUUUGAUUGCGAUAUCAGAGCCUGUUUGUCGUCCUGAACAUAUUCAUGAGUACAAAUUAACAGCUUAUUCAUUAUACGCUGCAGUAAGUGUUGGAUUGCAAACUCACGAUAUAAUUGAGUACCUAAAAAGAUUAAGCAAAACAAGUAUUCCUGAUGGUAUAGUUGAAUUCAUACAACUAUGUACCUUAUCAUACGGUAAAGUAAAAUUAGUUUUAAAACACAACAAGUAUUUUGUGGAAUCCCCAUUUCCAGAUGUACUUCAAAAAUUACUGAAAGACCCAGUGAUUCAAGAAUGUCGCUUGCGUAAAAAAGUCGAAGAUACUGAAAAGGACGGUUUGAUAACCAACGUACAAACCAAAGUAGCAGCAAUGCAGUUUGGCGCUAAACCACUGGUAGUUCAGCCGACAGCUAGUAGCACGACUACUGCUGAGAAUCCGAAACCAGAAGGAGAAGCAGCCCCUGUGCCUGAAGAUAUUACAACAUUUCUUGAAAAGAUGGACAAAGAAGAUGAAGAUGACGAAGAUCCACAGCUGAAGAUAGUCAGUUUUGAAGUUAAUCAAGAAAAAAUAGAAAUUAUACAGAAACGUUGUAUCGAAUUAGAAUAUCCUUUAUUGGCCGAAUAUGAUUUUCGUAAUGAUACUGUGAAUCCUGAUAUCAAUAUUGACUUGAAACCAUCCGCAGUACUACGUCCGUAUCAGGAAAAAAGUUUGCGUAAAAUGUUUGGUAAUGGACGUGCUCGCUCUGGUGUUAUUGUAUUACCUUGCGGUGCUGGUAAAAGUUUAGUUGGUGUCACAGCAUGUUGCACGGUACGUAAACGCGCCCUUGUACUUUGCAAUUCUGGUGUAUCAGUUGAACAAUGGAAGCAACAGUUCAAAAUGUGGUCGACUGCUGAUGAUUCGAUGAUAUGUCGUUUUACUAGUGAAGCCAAAGAUAAGCCGAUGGGUUGCGGAAUAUUAAUAACAACCUAUUCGAUGAUAACACACUCGCAAAAACGGUCAUGGGAAGCUGAGCAAACGAUGAAGUGGUUGCAGGAACAAGAAUGGGGUAUUAUGGUCUUAGAUGAAGUACAUACGAUUCCAGCAAAAAUGUUUCGACGAGUAUUGACCAUUGUACAGUCGCAUUGUAAAUUAGGUUUGACUGCUACAUUAUUGCGUGAAGAUGAUAAGAUUGCAGAUCUUAAUUUCUUGAUCGGUCCCAAACUGUAUGAAGCUAAUUGGUUGGAAUUACAAAAACGUGGAUUUAUUGCACGAGUGCAGUGUGCUGAGGUUUGGUGUCCUAUGACUCCAGAAUUUUAUCGUGAAUAUUUAGGCCAUAAAAUGAGUAAAAAGAUGUUGCUGUAUGUAAUGAACCCCAAUAAAUUUCGCGCUUGUCAAUAUCUAAUGCGUUACCAUGAAAGACGUGGUGACAAAACCAUUGUUUUCUCGGACAAUGUCUUCGCAUUGAUACAUUACGCUAAAACAUUAAACAGACCAUUUAUUUACGGUCCAACUAAUCAAAGUGAACGGAUCAAUAUUCUACAGAAUUUUAAAUAUAAUACUAACAUAAAUACGAUAUUUGUUAGUAAGGUUGCAGAUACCUCAUUUGAUUUGCCGGAAGCAAAUGUUUUAAUACAGAUUUCAGCGCAUGGAGGAUCUAGAAGACAAGAAGCGCAACGUUUAGGACGUAUUUUAAGAGCUAAAAAAGGUGCUAUUGCUGAAGAUUAUAAUGCGUUCUUUUAUACAUUAGUAUCUCAGGACACUGUUGAAAUGAAUUACUCGAGAAAACGUCAACGGUUUCUUGUUAACCAAGGAUAUGCAUACAAAGUUAUUACUAAAUUGUCAGGAAUGGACCAAGAGCCAGAUAUGUUUUAUAAUACCAAAGAGGAACAGGGUACAUUAUUACAAAAAGUUUUGUUAGCUAAUGAUUCAGAUGCCGAUGAAGAGAAGAUUCCGGGUGAAGGUUCUCGGCCGACUAUGAGAAGAGCUGGAAAUAUAUCAUCAAUGUCUGGAGCAGACGAUGCGGUUUACUAUGAAUUCAAAAAACCAUCAUCUUCUACGGCGAAACAUCCAUUGUUUAAAAAGUUUAGGUCGUAA